GGUUCCGGGCGGUUGGGCGCGCGAGCGAGGAGCGGAGGCAGCCGCGCCCGCCCGCCCCGCCCCUGGAUGCCGCUCUGCCCCGGCGCGGCCGCCGAUCGCAGCACAGGAGCCGCCGCCGCCGCCGCGGUUGAUGUGGUUGGCCUGGGGCUGAGGAGGCCGCCAAGAUGCCGCAGUCCAAGUCCCGGAAGAUCGCGAUUCUGGGCUACCGGUCUGUGGGGAAGUCCUCGUUGACGAUCCAGUUUGUUGAAGGCCAGUUCGUUGACUCUUACGACCCAACCAUAGAGAACACUUUCACAAAACUGCUCACAGUGAAUGGACAAGAGUAUCACCUCCAACUCGUAGACACGGCUGGGCAGGAUGAAUACUCCAUCUUUCCUCAGACGUACUCCAUUGAUAUUAAUGGUUAUAUUCUUGUGUAUUCAGUUACAUCAAUCAAAAGUUUUGAGGUGAUCAAAGUUAUCCACGGCAAAUUGUUGGACAUGGUGGGGAAAGUGCAGAUACCCAUCAUGCUGGUUGGGAAUAAGAAGGACCUGCACAUGGAGAGGGUGAUCAGUUACGAAGAAGGGAAGGCGUUAGCAGAAUCUUGGAAUGCAGCCUUUUUGGAAUCUUCUGCUAAAGAGAAUCAAACUGCUGUUGACGUAUUUCGGAGGAUAAUUUUGGAGGCAGAAAAAAUUGAUGGGGCCGCUUCACAAGGCAAGUCUUCCUGCUCGGUGAUGUGAGCCCCUGGGCCGAGGACACUGGGAGCCAGCCUGCGGGGGGCGGCUGCGUCCUCCUGGAAGAUGAACUGCUUCGUUUUCUUCUGUUCCCGGGAAGGCUUCCUUCGGGUCAGAGCGUCUGCCCACCCGCCCACCCUUCAGAUUAUGUUGAACUCCGACUCUGUCCACCUGAGCUCACUUCCACUUUCUUUAAGCAAUCAUAUUUCAAUUUAUAUAUUGUAUUUCUUAAUAUUAUGACCAAGAAUUUUAUCGGCAUUAAUUUUUAAGUGUAGUUUGUUGUUUAAAAUAAUGUAAUCAUCAAAAGAUGCAUAUUGUUACACUACUAUUAACUAGGCUUCCAUAUAUCAGUGUUUAUUUCAUUGUGUUCAAUGUAUACUUGUAAAUAAAAUAGCCGCAACGUUAA